UUCGGUGCGUUAAGGAGCAGAGACAUUUUGUAGGCGAUAUCGGCGAGCUACGUUAAUUUUUCUGACUUGCCAGCCCUCAAAAAACAUUCUUCAGCUGACGGCGGAUUAGAAGUCGACCCGACUGUUGCGUGAUGCCGCGUGUCUGCUGAGCUCUCCGCAGUCACACUUGACGUAGUGAACGCCGAGCGAUUUGUUGCACAUAUGGUCUGUAAUUUAGAUGACCAUAGAGAGCCGGUUCAUCUGUUCGAUCCGCCAGAGCAAGGGUACACCCUGCCUUAUCAGAGAGCUCAUCGACUGGCAUGUUCAACAGCAUGUUCAACAAGAACCCUGAAGUGAAUGACUUCACACCGUCAUGGCUAAAGCUCCCCGCGAAUGGAUCUAGACCACCCCUGAACUGGCUCCAGGAGAACUCGUUCCAAGCCGCCCGACGAAAUGGAUCUCUCACUCAGAAAGACGAUUUUAACCCCUCUGGACAACAGCGUGUGAUCUCAUCUGUAUGGACGGCCCCCCGCCCAACUGCUGUGCCUACGGCUCCAGCUCCGGCCAGAGCGCCUUCGAAUCGAAUGUACAAAGCUGUUCUACCUCGUAAUAUGACCAAACGCGUCUUGAGCAGAACAGCCCCUCCGCCUUCAGAUGCCAACAGAGACGCGCAAGCCGAGGACAAUAAUAACUGCUCCGAAGCAGAAGAGCGCCUACUGAAAGAAAUGGGCUGGGACGAGCUCCGAGGUGAAGAGCCCCUCACCGACGAAGAAAUCACCAAUUUCAAACAUCUCAACGGAGGAGUCUCCCUGCUACAACAGAAACAGCAGCUCUCGGACAGAGCGAACAACAACAAUAGCAACGGCUUGCAGACCAAUCGAGGUGGACUUUCGUCGCGGCGGAAACUUCACGGCGGACCUGAUCUCAAAAAGACCCUUCUCGCUACUAUGGGAGUUUCAGCGAGCUGCGACGAUGAAGAUUCCGAAGAAGACUCAGAUGACAACGAUGGCUCCGAUUAA